AUGUGUUCUCUCUCGUAGGCUAUCGGCUGUACUCUGAACUGCAGCUGUCAGAGUUUCAAACCUGGGAAGAUCAACCACCGGCAGUGUGAGCAGUGCAGGCACGGAUGGGUGGCUCACGCUCUAAGUAAGCUGAGGAUCCCCCCCGUGUAUCCAACAAGCCAAGUGGAAAUUGUCCAGUCCAAUGUGGUGUUCGAUAUUAGCAGCCUCAUGCUCUAUGGGACCCAGGCCAUCCCUGUUCGCCUGAAAAUCCUACUGGACCGGCUCUUCAGUGUGCUGAAACAAGAUGAGGUUCUGCAGAUUCUCCAUGCCUUGGACUGGACCCUUCAGGAUUAUAUCCGUGGUUAUGUGCUCCAGGAUGCCUCGGGGAAGGUGCUGGAUCACUGGAGCAUCAUGACCAGUGAGGAGGAAGUGGCCACCUUGCAGCAGUUUCUUCGCUUUGGAGAGACCAAGUCCAUAGUGGAGCUCAUGGCAAUCCAGGAGAAAGAAGAGCAGUCCAUCAUCAUACCACCCUCCACUGCCAACGUAGACAUCAGGGCGUUCAUCGAGAGCUGCACCCACAGGAGCGCUGGCCUCCCUACUCCAGUGGACAAAGGAAACCCCAGCAGCCUGCACCCUUUCGAGAACCUUAUCAGCAACAUGACGUUCAUGCUGCCUUUCCAGUUCUUCAACCCUCUGCCUCCUGCUCUGAUAGGGUCACUGCCUGAACAGUACAUGCUGGAGCAGGGGCAGGACCAGAGCCAGGACCCCAAACAGGAGCUGCACGGGCCCUUCUCGGACAGCAGCUUCCUCACGUCCACACCAUUUCAGGUUGAAAAGGAACAGUGUCUAAAGUGUCCAGAUGUUGCUACCCCGAAAGAAGACAGUGCGCACUUAAGUGACUCCAGCUCGUACAGCAUUGCCACUAAGCUUGAAAGGACACAGCUGUCCCCCGAGGCCAAAGGAAAGCCCGAGAGGAACAGCAUUAGCGCUAAGAAGGGCCGGGUGUUCUGCACCGCCUGCGAGAAGACCUUCUACGACAAAGGUACUCUGAAGAUUCACUACAACGCCGUCCACCUCAAGAUCAAGCAUAAGUGCACUAUCGAAGGGUGUAACAUGGUGUUCAGCUCCCUGCGGAGCCGGAACCGACACAGCGCCAACCCCAACCCUCGCCUGCACAUGCCCAUGAAGAGAAACAACCGGGACAAAGAUCUUAGGAACAGCCUGAACCUGGCGAGCUCUGAGACUUACAAGCGCCCGGGUUUCACAGUGAUCUCAGACUGCGGGCCCCUCCCAGGCUACCCCAGUUCGGUGGAGGACUCCAAAGGCCAGCCAGCGUUCUCGAGCCUUGGGCAGAAUGGCGUGCUCUUCCCUAACCUGCGGACCGUGCAGCCAGUCCUCCCCUUCUACCGCAGUCCAGCUACUCCGGCUGAGCUGGCAAACACACCCGGUGUGCUGCCCUCUCUCCCUCUGCUGUCCUCCUCCAUCCCAGAGCAGCUGGUGUCCACGGACAUGCCAUUCGAUGCACUUCCUAAGAAGAAAUCUAGGAAGUCCAGCAUGCCUAUCAAAAUCGAGAAAGAAGCUGUGGACAUUGCUGAGAAGAGACACAGUCUCAGCUCAGAUGAUGACACACCCCUGCAGGUAGUCAGCGAGGAUGAGCCAGAGGCCAGCAGUCCUCAGUCAGACCGAGUGCCCGAGGAGCAGCACACACAGUUAAGCUCAGAGAAGCCUUUAGCACAAGGAGAAAGACCCUGCCAUCUUGAAUCUGUGAUUGAGUCUCACGGAACUAUCGGCAGAACCCUUGAGCAGACCACACACCCAGAGAGAGAGGCAGAGCAGAAGUUAGCAUUGACUUCAGUCAUGCCAAGAGAGGUGGAGGAUGGUGGUCAUGAACGCCAUUUCACACCUGGACUAGGGCCACAGAUUCCCUUUCCUGACUACAUGGAAUUGCAGCAGCGCUUACUGGCUGGAGGACUCUUUAGUGCUUUGUCCAACAGGGGGAUGACUUUUCCUUUUCUGGAAGAAUCUAAGGAGCUGGAACACCUGGGUGAGCAUGCACUAGUGAGGCAGAAGGAAGAAAAUUGCUUUCAGUGUGACAUCUGCAAGAAGACCUUUAAAAACGCUUUCAGUAUGAAGACACACCAUAAGAAUACACACGCCAAAGAGACACACGCGUGCACAGUGGAGGGGUGUGGCGCUGCGUUCCCAUCCCGCAGGAGCAGAGACAGACACAGCUCGAACCUAAGCCUCCACCAGAAAGUAUUGAGUGAGGAAGCACUGGAGAGUAGUGAGGACCAUUUCCGUGCCGCCUACCUUCUGCAAGACGUGGCCAAGGAGGCCUACCAGGAUGUGGCUUUCACACCGCAAGCCUCGCAGACGUCUGUCAUCUUCAAGGGAUCAAGUGGCAUGGGCAGUCUGGUUUACCCGAUAUCCCAAGUGCACAGUGCCCGUCUGGAGAGUUACAACUCCGGCCCCCCAAGCGAGGGCACCAUCCUGGAUUUGAGCACUACCUCAAGCAUGAAGUCAGAGAGCAGCAGUCAUUCCUCCUGGGAUUCGGACGGGGUGAGCGAGGAAGGUACCACCCUUCUGGAGGACAGCGAUGGGAACUGUGAAGGGCAGAGCCUUGUGUCCGGGGAAGACGAGUACCCCAUCUGCGUCCUGAUGGAGAAGGCUGAUCAGAGCCUUGCUAGUCUGCCCUCCAGGCUGCCCAUCACCUGCCAUCUCUGCCAGAAGAUAUACAGUAACAAAGGGACCUUUCGAGCCCAUUACAAAACCGUGCACCUCCGCCAGCUCCAUAAGUGCAAAGUGCCUGGCUGCAACACCAUGUUCUCAUCGGUCCGCAGCCGAAACAGACACAGUCAGAACCCCAACCUGCACAAGAGCCUGGCCGCCUCGCCCAGCCACCUCCAGUAA